AUGACCGCUUAUGGCUUGGUACCUUUUCAGCUUACAAACCCACCCCAAAAGUGCUACGAGGCAUUGAAGCCCUGGCUAGACGAUUUCCGCCUCGAUGAAGGAAAGGAUUUGAAGGUCGGGCUUGCCGGCUUUUGCUACGGUGGUUACGCUGCCACAAAGCUUGCGCAGGGAGAACUCGCCUCUAAUGGGAAAACAUUCAUUGACGCAGCGUUUACCGCGCAUCCUAGCUUUCUGCAAGUACCGAGUGAUAUUGAGAAGAUCAAGCUGCCGUAUAGUCUUUGCGUGGGAGAUGCGGACUUUGCGCUCCCCAAAAAGGAGGUGGACAAGAUAGUUGUUGCCUUUGACAACUUAAAGCAUGUGCGCUCAGAGGUGGUGGUAAUACCGGGCGCAAAACAUGGCUUUGCCCUCCGCUAUGAUCAAAAUGACAAGGCCGAGCAGGCUAGGGCUGAUAAAGCUGAAGAUCAGGUGGUGGAAUGGUUCGCCAAAUACCUGCAGUAG